UUAAUUUCAGUUUCAAUUACAGUUCCCAAGUUAUAUAGUUUAUGUUCAAGUUUAAAUUUAAGUUUCAGUUUAUUAUUUUUAUACUUUAUUUUUUAACGUAAGAAAUACAAUAAAAAAAAAAAGAUCAUCAUGAGUGAUGAAUUCGAUAAGCCGUACAGAUACUUCAAAUAUGAAACUCCAGAACCGGGCGAAGAAGUUGUUGUUUCCGGAAUCUCUGGUAGAUUUCCGGAAUCCGAAAAUGUGGAAAUAUUGAAGGAAAAUAUUUUUAAUCGUAAAGAUUGUAUCACGGAUGAUGAACGUCGUUGGGCAUUAGAUCAUCCGGAAAUUCCAAAACGACAUGGAAAAAUAAACGACAUUGAAAAAUUCGACGCAACAUUUUUUGACAUCGAGUAUAAGCAAGCCCAUACCAUGGAUCCUAUGUGUAGAAUGUUACUCGAGCAUGCUUACGAAGCUAUAGUGGAUGCUGGGAUUAAUCCAAAAGAAUUGCGUGGAAAGAGAGUAUCUGUAAUCAUAGGUUCAUGUUUCUCCGAAUCCGAAAAAACAUGGUUCUACGAGAAAAUGCAAGUAAACGGAUAUGGUCUCAUGGGUUGCAGCAGAUCUAUGUUGGCGAACAGAAUUUCACAGUGGUUGGGUGUAACUGGAUUAUCAUAUACCAUAGAUACCGCAUGCAGUUCGAGUAUAUACGCGAUGGAACAUGCUUACAAAUCAAUACGUUAUGGACAAAGUGAUUAUGCGAUCGUCGGUGGAUCUAAUCUCUGCCUUCAUCCAUUCGUGUCACUGCAAUUCAGUCGUUUAGGUGUAUUGUCUCGCGAAGGUAUAUGCAAAUGUUUCGACAAAGAUGCAAAUGGUUACACGCGUAGCGAAGCGGUCGCUGUAGCAUUUCUGCAAAAAUCUCGAAAUGCGAAGAGAAUUUACGCUACGUUUUCACACGCGAAAACUAAUUGCGACGGUUACAAGGAAGAGGGAAUAACGUUUCCAUCCAGCGAGAGACAGAGUAUUCUUCUCGAAGAGUUUUACGAGGAAUGUGGUAUACCACCGAAAGACGUCCAUUACAUCGAAGCUCAUGGUACCGGAACGAGAGUUGGCGAUCCCGAAGAAUUGAAUGCCAUUGAUAUAGUUAUGUGUAAAAAUAGAACUACUCCUCUUAAAGUUGGUUCUAUAAAAUCAAAUCUUGGUCAUACUGAACCAGCCAGUGGAAUUGUAUCCCUUGUCAAGGCAAUCAUAACAUUGGAGACAGGUAUAAUAGCACCGAAUAUUAAUUUUAUAAAUCCACGCGACGAUGUGGAUUGUUUUAAAGAAAACCGGAUAGUGGUUGUUACCGAACCGACACCGUUGGAAGGUUCAUACAUAGGAAUUAAUUCAUUCGGUUUUGGUGGUGCCAAUGGUCACGUUUUACUUCAAUCACAUCCGAAAACUAAGGUCAGAAAAUUGCCUAACGAUGGUUUGCCUAGACUCGUAACUGUUUCUGGACGUACCGAAGAAGCAGUAGAAACCUUAUUGAAUCGAAUCGAGAAACCACCGGUAAACGUUGAAUUUAUACGUCUUUUCCAUGAUAUUCAUCGUGAAGAAAUAUCAGGCCAUAUGUAUCGAGGCUACGUGAUAGCAAGUCUUAAAACAACCAACAAGAAUAAAAGGGAAAUAGAGAAGUAUUCUGAUAUUAAGAGGCCAAUAUGUUACAUAUUUUCUGGAUUGGGCUCGGAGUGGCCUGGAAUGGGUCAAGCUCUGAUGAGGUUCACCGUGUUUGCCAAAGCGAUAGAGAAAUGCGACGCCGUGUUGAAACCUCGCAAAUUGAAUAUUUAUGAUAUUUUGUCUAAAAAGGACAACAGUAUAUUUGACAAUGUCUUGCACUCGUCCGUUGGAAUUGCUGCGGUUCAGAUCGGCUUGGUAGAUCUUCUAACUGCCGUGGGUAUAACACCGGACUACAUAAUCGGACAUUCGAUCGGUGAACUUGCUUGUGCGUACGCAGAUAAAUCUUUGACCCUUGAGGAAGUAAUAUUGGCAGCUUAUUCGCGAGGAGUGGCCCCUAUACAAACAAAAAUACCAUCUGGUUCUAUGGCAGCGGUGGAAAUUGGUUAUAAAAAUCUUAAACAAUUGUGUCCUGCUGAUGUAGACGUAGCAGCUUACAAUGGACCUGACAGUUCUAUCGUUAGCGGACCGACUGAAUCUAUAAAAGCAUUUGUUAAAAACUUGAAGGCAAACAAAAUUUUGGUGAAAGAAGUGUCAUGCGGUAAUGUACCUUAUCAUAGUCGUUAUAUCGCACCAGCUGGACCGAAACUUUUGUCAUAUUUAAAAGAAGUAAUACCAGUAGCGAAACCUCGAAGCGAAAAAUGGCUUAGUACUUCGGUACCACGCAACGAAUGGUCGACUUCAGCUGCUAGACUCUCGUCGGCCGAGUAUCAUACCAAUAGCUUGUUGAAACCUGUAUUUUUUGAGGAAACCUUAGCCCUUAUCCCGGACAAUGCUGUUACCAUUGAAAUCACACCGCAAGCUACGCUAUCAACGAUUUUGAACAAAUCAUUGAAUUCAACUGUAACGAAUAUUGAAUUAAUUCAAAAAGAUCACACAGAUAACGUAGAAGUUUUUCUACUAGGAUUAGGAAAGCUUUAUAAUAUUGGUCAACAACUUGAUCUUGCUAAAUUAUAUCCACCUGUAGAAUUUCCGGUCAGUCGAGGUACUCCAAUGAUAUCCCCUUUGAUAAGAUGGGAUCAUUCGAGCAACUGGUACGUAACGUCUUUCAAAAUACAAGAGAGAAUAGUUUCCGGAGAACGAACGAUUGAUGUAACAAUAAUCGAUGAAGAUUUUGAAUAUACAACCGGUCACAAUAUCGACGGGAGAAAUUUGUUCCCCGCUACAGGAUAUUUAGGUUUAGUUUGGGAAACUUUGGGCAUGAUGAUAGGACAGUUGUACACGGAAGUGCCCGUUGUCUUUAGAAAUAUUAAAUUUAUUCGAGCUACCACCAUUCCCAAGGAAGGCAAAAUUGAAAUGACUGUAAUGAUUCAAAAAGGUACCGGUAAUUUCGAAAUAAUCGAAGGAAAUACUGCUAUUGUUACCGGAAACAUUCGUGUUUCGGAUGAUAUUACGAAGGAGAAAUUACCGAAUUAUGUGAGAAAAGAUGAUAUUAAAGACGAAGAAAUAUUAACGGCGAAAGAUAUUUAUAAAGAGUUGAGGCUACGUGGUUACCAAUAUACCGGUUUGUUCCGAAGUAUUGUCAGUACAACAAUCGACGGACUCCAAGGAUAUAUUGAAUGGAAAAAAAAUUGGGUAGCGUUCAUGGAUAACUUAUUGCAGAUGAAAAUUCUCAUGUUUGAUACUAGAGGUUUAUUCGUACCGACUGGAAUUAAAAAGAUGAUAAUAGAUACUAAAUAUCAUCAACAAUUUAUCCGUUCUUUGCCUCUCGAACAACAAUAUAUACCCGUACAAUAUUGUAAAGACCUUGACGUGAUUAUAGGAGGGGGUAUAGAAAUCCAUAAUAUUUUAGCUAAUGCGAUUGCUCGAAAGAAACCUAUCGGUGAUCCAGUUAUCGAAGAACAUAAAUUCGUAGCUCAUCGCGACAAUGAAGUAAUGACGUUCCGUGAUCUAUUAACAUUUUCUGUUCACAUUUGUUUAGAAAAUGUACCAAACCUGAUGGUGAAAACAAUUGAACUAAUCGAUGAAAAUGAUAAUAUAUCAGAAAGGAAACUUGCUUCCCCGUUAAUUUCCGACAUUUUAGGAAAUUUACCAUUAAUUCAGGCAAACGUUAAUAUAUUUGCACCAACACAGAAAUUUACCGAAGAAGAGAUCCCUGAAAAUAUCAACGUUUUAGAACUGAAAAAGUUACAAUUUGAUGAUUCCGCGUUAUUAACGAUUGGAUGUAAUUUAUUAAGCGCGAAAAACAACGACAAGUUGAAACAGCUUAUAAUGGCAACUAAAUCGCAAUGUUUUAUUUUGUCACGUGAAAAUAUUAACGCGCCGUUGAAUUUAUCGAUCUUGAAGGAAUUAAAAUUAGGUUUAAUAGCAGAGAAACGUACUUCCGACGAAUCUUACGUAUUGUUAAGGAAGCUAAGUAAUGAAAAUGUAAAUAUAUUAGUCUGUCACGUUGACAGCAAUGAAUAUAACUGGUUGGAAAAAGUUAAAACUGCUAUCGAUAAAAAAAUAGAAGAGGAUAACAAGGAAUUAAAAGUGAUACUCGUUGAAGAAGGAAAUUUCGAGUCUGGUCUUUUAGGAUUCAUAAAUUGCUUACAAAAAGAACCUGGCUGUGAAAUAUACCGAGCUGUAUUAAUUCAAGAUUCUAAAGCACCGAAAUUUUCUUUAGAUUUACCAUUGUAUUCCGAACAAAUCGACCUGAAUCUUACCGUCAAUGUUCUAAGAUCAGGAAAUGUUUGGGGAUCGUAUAGGCAUUUCUUACUUCCACCCCCCGAGAGUAAACCAUCCUUUCAUGGUUUAAUUAGUCAAUUGGUACGCGGAGAUUUAAGUUCGCUAUGUUGGGUUCAAGGGAUAUUUACACCUAAUAAUAAAAAACUUACUAAAAUUCAUUAUGCUUCGUUGAAUUUCAAAGAUAUCAUGUUGGCAACAGGUAAACUGGCAGUGGAAAUAAUAACGGACGACAGAAAAUUAUUAGAUUAUUUACUUGGUUUUGAAUAUAGUGGAAUAUCUUGGAAGGGUGAACCUAUUAUGGGAUUUGCUUUUAGCAGAUGUCUAUCAAAUUAUACUGAACCCGAACAAUUUACUUCAUGGUUAAUACCUAAACAUUGGAGUUUGGAGGAGGCAGCGACAAUUCCAUGUAUAUACAGCACAUGUAUUACUGCUUUUUAUUUAUGUGGAAACAUACAAAAAGGAAAAAAAAUACUUAUUCAUGCAGGAACCGGUGGUAUCGGUCAAGCCGCUAUUAAUUUAGCACUUUACGAAGGUCUUGAAAUAUUUGUUACCGUUGGUACACCGGAAAAACGUGCAUUCAUUAAAAAAAUAUUCCCGAGUAUCGAUGACAAUCAUAUCGGAAAUUCUCGAGAUACCAGCUUCGAACAAAUGAUUUUACGUGAAACCAAUGGCAAAGGUGUAGACUACGUUCUAAACUCAUUAGCGGAAGAGAAACUUCAAGCAUCUUUGCGUUGUUUAGCCGAAGGAGGACAAUUUUUAGAAAUCGGAAAGUUCGAUAUAGCCUCUAAUAAUACCAUAAACGCGGACUUGUUUAAGAAAAAUAUCUCUUUUCACGCCGUUAUGUUAGAUAAAAUAAUUAAUUCAAAUAAUUUUACAUUAAAGAAGGAAAUCUUUGAUAAAGUUGCGGAAUUGAUUGACAAAGGUGCCGUCAAACCGAUCACAAGACAAAUCUUUCAGAAGGAACAAGUAGAAGAAGCAAUUAGAUUCAUGGCGUCUGGAAAACAUAUAGGAAAAAUACUCAUACAGAUCCGUAAGGAGAGUGACCCACCGGAUAUGACAAUUAAUACUAUACCUACUUAUUUAUGUGAUCCGAAUAAAAGUUAUAUAAUUAUUGGUGGCUUAGGAGGUUUUGGCUUGGAAUUAAUCGAUUGGAUGAUUCUUCGACAUGCUAAAAAUGUUGUCAUUACAUCACGAAAUGGCCUAAAGAAUGGUUAUCAACGUAUGAGAAUUAGAACAUGGGAAAGUUACGGAGUUAAUAUAAAGAUCCUUGUUAAUCUCGAUGCUAGUAAACGAGAAGAUUGCGAGCUUAUAUUGAAAACAGCGAUAGAUCUAGGUCCUGUCGAUGGUAUAUUCAAUUUAGCAGUUUCAUUGAAAGAUAGUAUUUUUCAAAAUCAAACUGUAGAAAGUUUUGAAGAAUCUUUCAAAGGUAAGGCUUGGCCGACGAAACGUUUGGACGAGAUUAGUAGAAAACUUUGUCCGAAUCUUCGACACUUCGUUGUUUUCUCUUCUGUUUCGUGCGGAAGAGGAAACGCCGGUCAAACGAAUUAUGGUAUGGCUAAUUCCGUUAUGGAAAGAAUAUGUGAGAAAAGAGUAGAAGAAGGUUUACCCGGAUUAGCUAUUCAAUGGGGUGCGAUUGGAGAUGUCGGUCUUGUCGCAGACAUGCAGGAUAAUGAUAAAGAAAUGGUUAUUGGUGGUACCCUGCAACAAAAGAUAUCAUCGUGUCUAAAAGAACUCAAUAACUUUUUAUUACAAGAUAAACCCGUAGUUGCUAGUAUGGUAGUCGCUGAAAAACGAUUAGGCUCCUAUGAUGUAAAUAAUUGUGUAGAUUGUGUCCUAAACAUUAUGGGUAUUAAAGAUUUGAAGACUGUCAGUCAACAAACUUCCUUGGCUGAACUUGGAAUGGAUUCUAUGAUGGCUGUAGAAAUAAAACAGACAUUAGAGCGUGAAUUUGAAAUCUUUCUUAGCGCUCAAGAUAUUAGAAAUUUAAACUUCGCCAAACUCAUUGAAAUGAAUAAUAAAGAUAACAAUAAAAGUAAUAGCGAUGAUAAGAAAUCCAAAGAAACGUUGUCUAUUACAAAAAUGUUAAUGCAAUUGUUCGGUGAAACGUUAAAAAAUGAUUUAAUUUUGCCACUUAAAACUAAUCCAGAGGAAGGUCGGAAGGAAAUAUUUUUCAUUCCAGGAAUCGAAGGGUAUAGUGCUGUUUUCAAGCAUUUAGAACCGAAAAUUAAGUCGCCUGCGACUUCUUUCCAAUUGGCUUCGCGUUGCGACUUAACAAAUAUUUCAGACAUGGUCAAUUUCAUUUUACCGCAUAUGUUAAAGAAACUUAACAAUCGACGAGAUUUUACUAUAGUGGGAUAUUCAUUUGGAACGGUAAUUUCCCUUGAACUCGCACGACAAUUAGAACUCAGAGAUUUUAAUGGCAAGUUAAUAUUAAUAGACGGUUCUCCUCUUCACAUGAAAGGAAUGGUAAACCGUAUAUAUUCGACAUCAACCAAAGAUUUGGAAACGAACAUUUUGAUUGGUAUAACUGAUUCGAUUGAUUCCUCUAUUACCGAACAGAUUGUACAAAAAUUAGAAGAAUUAAAUACAUGGGAAGAAAAAUCAUCUUUAUUAAUAAGCGUUCUAUCUCCUAAAUAUAAGAAAUUUUAUACUGAUCAAGAAUGCAAAGAUACUCUUAAAUCAUAUUAUAUGAGAAUAAAAUCAAUAAUAAAUUAUAAUAUAGAAUCAGCGCCAUAUUUAAAAUCACCAAUCAUAUUGUGCAAACCGUUAAACCCGUCUAUGUAUAACAUGCCCCAUGAAUAUGGAUUACAGAAUGUGACUAAAAGCAAAGUAGAAGUAUAUACUAUAGAGGGCAAUCAUAUUACGAUGCUAGAAGAUGAGAAACUUGCAAAGAUAAUUAAUGAUGAAUUAAUAGAGGAGGAUCUUGAAACGCCUGAAUCAAAUUCCAACUAAAUAAAAUAAAUAAAAACAAAAUGAAUAAAAGAUAAGGUUGCUUGAGGUCCGAAAAAAUAGGGUGCAUUCAAAUUUCAAAGGUGCUGGUAAUGUCUCGCUCUGUUUUGUCGACAGUUAGAAAAUAAUGUACGACGAACCUAUCGAAUGUUUAUUUAUUCUUUCCAAAUGACGAAAUUACGAUUUUAUUUUUGUAAUUCAUCCUGUAUGGCAAAUUAAAUCGACAAAUUUAUGAAUAUAAAAGAU